UUAUCGCGCGUCGUGAUUGGAUAAGAUGACAGUAUACGCGAAUUUUGUUAUCAGUAUACGCUACAUGAUAAGGCUAUAUAGUUCACGUGUGAAAUUAAGCUCUCCCAAAACUUUUCUUCCCUUUCCUCUUAACCCAUCUUCAAGUUGUUAGUACCUUUCGUUCAAAAUGUCUAAGAAUACACCUCUCGCAACCGAAGACGGUCUUUCCGCAGAAGAACUUUUCGGCGCCGGAGAUGGGUUGACAUAUAAUGAUUUUCUCAUCUUACCUGGAUUUAUCGAUUUUACUGGAGAAGAUGUUGAUCUCUCAUCAAAGUUGACCAAAAAGAUAAGAUUGGCAGCUCCUUUAGUUUCUUCACCUAUGGACACUGUUACAGAAUCUGAAAUGGCUAUUGCAAUGGCUUUACAAGGAGGAAUUGGUAUUAUCCAUCACAAUUGUACUCCAGAAUUCCAGGCUAGUGAAGUUAUGAAAGUAAAGAAAUACAAGCAUGGAUUUAUUAGGGACCCUGUUGUUCUCAGUCCGACACAUAAACUUAAAGAUGUGAUUGAGGUGAAAAAAACUAAAGGUUUUGCUGGAGUUCCUAUCACUGAAAAUGGCGAAAUUGGCGGAGUUUUGGUAGGAAUUGUUACAUCAAGAGACAUAGAUUUUAUGGGAGAAGAUAUGUAUGAAAUGCCACUUUCUGAGGUCAUGACUAAGAAAGAAGAUUUAGUUUAUGCUAAAUCAACAGUUACAUUAAAAGAAGCAAAUGCCAUACUUCAGAGAAGCAAAAAAGGUAAAUUACCAAUAGUAAAUGACAAGGGAGAAUUAAUUUCACUGAUUGCCAGGACAGAUUUGAAGAAAAGCCGAAAUUUUCCUCAUGCAUCAAAAGAUGAAAAUAAACAACUAUUAGUGGGUGCAGCUAUUGGAACUCGAGAAUCUGAUAAAGAAAGACUUAAGCUUCUAAUCCAAGCUGGUGUAGAUGUUGUAGUCUUGGAUUCAUCACAAGGAAAUUCUAUUUACCAAAUAGAAUUGGUAAAAUAUAUCAAGAAAAACUAUCCUCAAGUUCAAGUGAUUGGUGGUAAUGUUGUAACUACUUCACAAGCAAAGAAUUUGAUUGAUGCUGGAGUUGAUGGGUUAAGAGUGGGAAUGGGAAGUGGCUCCAUCUGUAUUACACAAGAAGUCAUGGCUUGUGGCAGACCACAAGGUACUGCUGUUUUUAAAGUUGCUCAAUAUGCAAAAGAUUAUGGAGUUCCCAUUGUGGCUGAUGGUGGAAUAAAAUCUAUUGGUCAUAUUAUUAAAGCAUUGGCUCUUGGAGCAUCUACAGUAAUGAUGGGAUCUAUGGUUGCUGGUACAACCGAAUCUCCCGGUGAUUACUUUUAUUCUGAUGGAGUCCGACUUAAAAAAUUCAGAGGAAUGGGAUCUUUAGAUGCUAUGGACUCUAAGCAAGGUCAAGGAAGUAGAGAUCGAUAUUUUGCAGGUGAUUCAGAUAAAGUAAGAGUUGCUCAGGGUGUUUCUGGAACUAUUCCUGACAAAGGAUCUAUCCACAGAUUUGUGCCAUACCUUAUUGCUGGCAUGAAAUAUGGUUGCCAAGAUAUAGGAUCUAGAAGCUUAGAAAUUCUUCGUGAUAUGAUGUAUUCAGGAAAGCUGCGAUUUGAAAAGAGGACUGUGUCUGCACAGGCAGAAGGAGGUGUACAUGGACUUCAUUCAUAUGAAAAGAAGCUGUUCUGAGUUACUUUGCUUAUGUAUGGAAAUAUGUUUUAAGUAACUGUACAAGUGCCAGAAUCAUCAAUAUUGUAACAAAAUUUUUACAUAUCAUCACAGAAUGAUUUGAAAUCAUUUAUGUUGAGAUUUUAGUUACAAUAUGAUUGUAAUUGUUUAAAUGUGUCAAAUGCAAGCUUGCAUUGUUUUAUAUUUUAUUUAGGGAAGUAAGGUUUUUUUUUUUUUUUUUUUUUUUUUUUUUUUAUCCAUUUAAAUCCAUUUAUGAAUUUACAAGUUAUGUCAGUACAAAUUAUAUAUUAAUCACAAAUUUGUAUAAUUUUGAUUUGUUUAGGUAUAAUUUGAUGAUAAAUUUCCAAAAUCAUCAAAUAUUUUCAAUGAAUUCUUGUAAUUGAAAGAAAUCCUGAUUAGAUAAUAGAUGAUUUUCCAAAGAAAUUUAUAGAAAUGUAAGUCAGCAUUCUUUCAGAUUGAACUGCUGCAAUUGCUAGUUUUAUGAAGGACAUGUACUAUAGUGUUAAAUGAGCUUAUUUUGUGAUAUUUAUUCUUUUAAGUCAGAUUCCAAAAUGAAUUUAAAAAUAGAUGAGUAAAUCUUACAAAUUUUAUAAAUUGUCUAAUGAAUUUCCAAUUAUAUUCAUUGUGGAUUUUAUGGGCUUCAAUGUAAAUGUAUUUAUUGUUUGAUUUGCACUUUGUUAUAAAUAAAAUGUGUAUGUACAGCUAAAUAAAGAAAAGCUGUUAUUUCUUUUGUA